CCGCACCGCGGGGUUUGAAGGGUGGCGGGCGGUGGACUGGCGGUGGCUUCCCAGUCGGACUUCGGCUCCGGCCCCAAACCCCAGAGAAAGCCAGUCCACCGAGGAGGAGCGGGGUUUUUCUCCAUUGCCGCCGCCGCCCUUUCCGCCUUCGGAGCUCUCUCGGGAUACCCCACAUUUCCAGGGGUCGGGAGCCCGAGGGGCGCGCUCGGCCCUCCGGCUCCUGCUCUUCAGCCUGCGCCGCGAGCGGCCGCGGAGACCUCGCCAGGCGUGACGGGCUGGGCCUGCACCCCGCGUGCGGCACCGUCUCCCGUGGGCCCAGUGCCCCGGCGGGAAGAGUGCCGUAGGCGUCCGUGGCUGGAGCAGUGGAGGUGUCCACCUGGCGAGUGCGGCCGGAACACCGGUCACUGAUAAGUUUUCUGUGCGCACGUUGCAAGGUCCGAGUGUGAGUCUGGUAUAAUUUGGCCUCCCGAGAUUCUGUCUUAGCACGAAGAAAGUGAAAAAUACUCUUGAAAAGAAAACUAAGACAAUAUAAGAAAGCAAGACUUGCUUUUACAUGGUUGUCAGCUCACUUACCAGUAUGGACACCUUUCCCACCAUUUUUCCUCCUGGUGGAGACAGUGGGCUGACCAGUUCUCAGUCUGAGUUCCAAAAAAUGUUAAUUGAUGAACGGUUACGAUGUGAACAUCAUAAAACUAAUUAUCAGACUUUGAAAGCUGAACAUACAAGGUUGCAGGAUGAGUACAUGAAAUCACAAAAUGAGCUCAAGCGCCUAUUAAAUGAAAAGCAAACUCACCAGGAAAAAUUUCAGCUGCUGCUUGAAGAGCUACGAGGGGAAUUAGUAGAGAAAACUAAAGACUUAGAAGAAAUGAAGCUGCAGGUAUUAAGUCCACAAAAGUUGGAAUUGUUACGAGCUGAAAUACAACAAGAACUAGAAACUCCAAUGAGAGAAUGUUUUAGGCAUCUGGAUGAAGAAGUAGAAAAGUAUAGAGCUGAAUAUAAUAAACUUCGCUAUGAACAUACAUUUCUCAAAUCAGAAUUUGAACACCAGAAAGAAGAAUUUGCACGUAUUUUAGAAGAAGAAAAAAUAAAAUAUGAAUCAGAGAUUGCAAGACUGGAGAAAGAUAAAGAAGAACUACAUAACCAGCUGCUUAGUGUUGAUCCCACAAGAGACAGCAAACGAGUGGAGCAACUUGUUAGAGAAAAAGUCCAUUUGUGUCAGAAGUUAAAAGGUUUAGAGGCUGAAGUAGCAGAACUGAGAGCUGAAAAAGAAAAUUCUGGUGCUCAGGUAGAAAAUGUACAAAGAAUUCAGGUGCGGCAGUUGGCUGAGAUGCAGGCUACGGUCAGAUCCCUGGAGGCUGAAAAACAGUCAGCUAAACUACAGGCUGAACGCUUGGAAAAAGAGCUACAAUCAAGCAAUGAACAAAACACUACUUUAAUUAGUAAAUUGCAUAAAGCUGAACGGGAAAUAAAUACAUUGACCAGUAAAGUAAAAGAACUUAAACAUUCAAACAAACUAGAAAUAACAGACAUCAGACUGGAGGCAGCAAGAGCUAAGAGUGAGCUAGAAAGAGAAAGGAAUAAAAUUCAAAGUGAACUGGAUGGAUUACAGUCAGACAAUGAAAUUCUCACAUCAGCUGUUGAACACCACAAAGUGCUUUUAGUAGAAAAGGACCGUGAAUUAAUACGUAAAGUACAAGCUGCCAAAGAAGAAGGUUACCAAAAACUUGUGGUAUUACAAGAUGAAAAGCUAGAACUUGAGAGCAGAUUAGCGGAUUUAGAGAAAAUGAAAGUGGAACAUGAUGUCAGGAGGCAAUCUGAAAAGGAACAGUGUGAAGAGAGAUUGCGAGCUUCACAGAUGGCAGAAGAGUCGGCCAGGAGGGAACUUCAGAGUAUUAGGUUAAAACUUCAACAACAAAUUGUGAAUAUUGAAAAUGCAGAGAAAGAAAAAAAUGAAAAUUCUGACCUGAAACAGCAAAUCAGUAGUUUGCAGAUCCAAGUGACCUCACUUGCACAGUCAGAGAAUGAGUUGCUGAAUUCAAACCAAACACUGAAGGAAAUGGUGGAGAGGUUAAAACAGGAAUGCCGAAAUUUAAGAAGCCAAGCUGAAAAAGCGCAACUAGAAGUUGAAAAGGCAUUGGAAGAGAAGCAAAUACAGUGGUUGGAAGAAAAGCAUAGGCUUCAUGAACGUAUCACUGACAGAGAAGAAAAGUAUAAUCAAGCUAAGGAGAAAUUGCAGCGAGCUGCAAUUGCCCAAAAAAAGAGAAAAUCUCUUCAUGAAAACAAGUUGAAGAGAAUGCAGGAAAAGGUAGAAGUCUUGGAGGCAAAGAGAGAAGAAUUAGAAACAGAAAAUCAGGUGUUAAAUAGACAAAAUGUUCCAUUUGAAGAAUAUACAAGGCUUCAAAAAAGACUAAAGGAUAUACAGAGAAGACAUAAUGAAUUUCGAAGUUUAAUUUUGGGUCCUAACAUACCUUCAACAGCAUCCAUCAAUCCUGUUAGCUUUCAGUCACCAACUGUGGUUCCAGGCAUGGAACUAUCCUUUCCUCCUCAUAUGCAGGAGGAGCAGCAUCAAAGGGAACUCUCUCUACUUCGCAAAAGACUAGAAGAACUAGAAACAACACAAAGAAAACAACUAGAGGAACUUGGAUUUCCUGGGGAAUGAUUUUCUUGGAGAAAAGGCAGAUCAAAAGGGAUGAAAUCAGUGACUCAAUAAGGCUUGAAGUUUUAACGUAUGUGGUAUUUAGAUACUUUAUUACUGUUUGCCAAAACACUUGAAUGUGCCUCAAGAGAAGGUACCAGUACAUGAUGUAUUGAAUGAAUGUCAGGAUUUUAGGGUUAUACUAAUGAUAAGUGAAGCACUAAAGCAGCUUCAGAGAUAUUUAGAAUAUUAUUGACAGCCCUUUGAGA